AUGAUUUGUGGCUCGCAAGGCAGUGGAAAGAGCCAUACACUGUCGUGUAUUCUAGAGAACUCUCUAAUUAAGUCACUGCCCGUCGGUAAGCUGACCUCCCCUCUUGCGGGGCUGGUCUUCCACUACGACAAGUUCACAGGAUUCACUAGCACUCAGCUGUGUGAAGCAGCGUAUCUCUGCUCUGCUAAAAUCCUGGUUCGAAUCUUGGUCUCCCCGACUAAUUUUGUGACCAUGAAAGACUUGUACAGCCAGGCUAAGGGUCUGAGCCCUAAGCAUCACCUGAUUACUGUUAAGCCAAUGUUUAUCCCCCCGGAAAGCCUCACAACUGCUAUGAUGAAAACAUUAAUGGGGGUCGACAACAAGAGUGACUGCCCGCUUUAUAUAGAGAUCCUGCGUGAAAUGGCUACUGCUGAUCAGGGCCGCCAAGGCUUUAACUACACCUUAUUCAGACAGCGCAUUGACGCGGCACCCUUCAAAGAUGGACAGCUGGCUCCCUUGAAAGUCAGACUCUCGAUCCUGGAGUCCUUCCUUUCUCCAGCAACAUCGACCUGUGGUUUUUCAGACCAACCGCCUACAAACUUUGAUGCCUAG